AAAAGAAAAGGGAAUUCCAACCUGUGGUACCCGGCGGGUCCCUGGGGUCGGCUCCUUCCCAUUGACUGUGGAUGGUGUCAGGGACAGAGCCUCUGGUGGCUCGCGGGGGUUUGGGGGUCCGCAGGGUGAGGGAAGACAGGAGUGUCAGGGUGUGAGUGGGGUACGGGAGUUCCAAACUUAGAAUCUUGAGGCCCUCGGGGCUGAGGCGCAGGGGAGAGGGAGCUCGGGCCGCCAUGCGGGACAGGACCCAUGAGCUGAGGCAGGGGGAUGACAGCUCGGACGAGGAGGACAAGGAGCGGGUCGCCCUGGUGGUACACCCGGGCACGGCACGGCUGGGCAGCCCGGACGAUGAGUUCUUCCAGAAGGUCCGGACAAUUCGGCAGGCUAUUGUUAAGCUGGAGAAUAAAGUCCGAGAGUUGGAGAAGCAGCAGGUCACCAUCCUGGCCACGCCCCUUCCCGAGGAGAGCAUGAAGCAGGACCUCCAGAACCUGCGCGACGAGAUCAAACAGCUGGGGAGGGAGAUCCGCGGGCAGCUGAAGGCCAUCGAGCCCCAGAAGGAGGAAGCUGAUGAGAAUUAUAAUUCGGUCAACACGAGAAUGAGAAAAACCCAGCACGGGGUCCUGUCCCAGCAAUUUGUGGAGCUCAUUAACAAGUGCAACUCGAUGCAGUCUGAGUACCGGGAGAAGAAUGUGGAGCGCAUUCGGAGACAGCUGAAGAUCACCAAUGCUGGGAUGGUGUCCGAUGAGGAGCUGGAGCAGAUGCUAGACAGCGGGCAGAGCGAGGUGUUUGUAUCCAAUAUACUGAAGGACACGCAGGUGACUCGACAGGCCCUAAAUGAGAUCUCGGCCCGGCACAGUGAGAUCCAGCAGCUUGAACGCAGCAUCCGUGAGCUUCACGAGAUCUUCACGUUUCUGGCUACAGAGGUGGAGAUGCAGGGGGAGAUGAUCAACCGGAUUGAGAAGAACAUCCUGAGCUCAGCGGACUAUGUGGAACGUGGGCAGGAACACGUCAAGAUAGCCCUGGAGAACCAGAAGAAGGCUCGGAAGGCACUGAGAGCAGCAGGGACCCAGGGUCUGCCUUCUCUUCCAGCAGCUGGGGCGGUGGGGGCGCAGGACAAAGCCUCUAGUCGGACCCCCUUCCUCACACUGGUCAUGUGCAGAGGGACAGAUGGUUCUUCUGGGGUUGGCAGCCACUUGUUCACGGGGUCUCCCCCUUGGGCCACGAUGCCUGGGGAGGGGAGGAUGGACUACAGUGUCCUGUUUUGCUGGGACACAUGGUUUUGUAAAAAAAUUAAAAAAAAGAGGUUGGAGACUCCCCUGUGUAUGUGUGCUCCUGGAAGAGCUGGCCCUGGGCCUGCAGGGGUUGUUUCCCCACCUCUUGGCCAUUCUUGGGGCGAGGCCCAGCCCAGGCAGGCUCACAUCAGGCUGUUCUAGCACUGCCACUACAGCAGGCGUCACUGUGCUUCCACUCCCCGACAGGAAUGGGUGGGGCUGGGAGAGGGUAACAGCCACAUGUGGCUCAGUACUGUCCCUGGGAAAAAACCGCUGUGAGCACCUAAGGCAGAGGCUGGGCCAGGUCAGAGGGUGACACAGGUGAGAUGGGGGGGAGGGGGGAUGUGGAGGAACAUCAGUGGGAACUCCUGAGGCCAAGAAGAGGCCCUGUAACUGAGGCUGUUAUUUUGGAUACAGUGGACAGGGAAGGGCCUGUCUCAGGAGGGGUGACAUUUGAUGUUAAAUGGGGAGCCAGUUAAGGGAAGAGACAGGGAGAGGUUGCCAGGUGUGUCCCACCACGGGUCAGGCCCUGUACCCAGAAGAAGGCAGUGCCUUUUACAUGAGUUCAGCCUGAAGAGCCAGCUGCGGGUCAUCACUCCCAGUUCCUAAAGCGUUAUGUGGCUGAGGCAGAUGGAGGAGGCAGGAAGGAGCCUGGUUUCUGAGAGGCACCUGAGCCCCAGGCCCCGACUCUAAAUUUCUGAGUUCCAAGUCCAGAUGCCUAGUUUCUGGAGCCAGGUGUGGUGCCAGUGCCGACACCUGUUUUCAGGGCUAAGCCGCCUCCUGGUUCCGAAGCCUGGUUGGAAUAUGGGGCGACAGACCCCAUCCCUCGUCCGGGGCGAGUUCCAGCCGCCACGCCCCAUUGCACUUUUGAUCCCACAGGCCCCGGCUGCCGCUGUCGGCUGCCAAGCCCGCCGGCAGGCCGCAGUACCGCUUGCUUCAGCCCCCGAGUGUGGGGCACACACGUGGGUGCAGUAGUGAUGCGCGCGCAAGCUGUGGAAGGGCUGAUGCAAUGUCUCUGGUGCUGUCUCGCAUCCCGCCCCUGGACCAGGUCUGGGGGCGGGGCCAGAGGGCGGGAUUGGGCCUCAGAAGCACGUUCCCCGCCGCUCGGCACCCCCCUCCCGACUCCCCCCCACCCUCCCCCACCGGGGCUGUGCUCCCGCCUGCAGCGCUUCCCGGUGGCCCUGGAGCCAGGAGUGUAUGCAGCGUGGUUGAGAUGGUGACUGGAUCGCAACUGGAAAACGACUGGCCCGCGGACCUAAAUGUUGUUCCUGAAGAGCAUCGGGAUUGGUCAGUAGGGCGUCCUGGCAGACUGAGCACCCCAGGAUUAAACAGCAAUGAGACAUAGGCCGCUGAUAUGAGCGGGGCUUCAGAGUCUGCAGUGGCACCCAAAAUUGCCAGGCUCACAGAACUGCAAAAGAGGCAGGCGGUCAUGGGCUUGUGAGAGGUGGCAGGGAUAGGGAUUCAGGGACUUUGUACGCGAAGGUGUGGCAGGGUCCCACUCCCUGGUCCCUGAACUUGCAGCUGCGCAGCUCUGGGAGGGUCCCCACACCUUCCUGCUGCCUGAGGUCAUGUGUCCUGUGUAAGAUGAAACUCCAGACACCUGCAGGAAAGAGCUCAUUCUCAGCAGUGUGCACACAAUCUGAUGUCCACCCAAUGGAGAAACUGCACACCCCCCCCCUUCCAUUCUGUCCCAGCAGAAGACAGAUUUGGAAACGGGUGGGGGUGUUCUGGGCUUCCCUGAUGCUCGGCGACCCCACCCCCACCCCCACCCCCUGCAGCCUGCAUCUUUGGCAGAAUCCUGUCCUAUUGGUCUUUGUCCACCCUCUCACCUUUCUGCCUUCAGGGUAUAACUGCACAACCCGUGACACCUACUGAACCUGCAGGGACUAUCAGACUCAUACAGACUGCCGCAUCUAUGCAGCCAGGUUUCCAUGUGCCGUGUGUGACUUUUGCCUGGCCAUGCUGGACAGCACCAUUCCUGAAAGGCUGCUUACCUGCCUUAGGAAGCUGUCCAGACCUGCUGAGGCCUCGGAUGCCGGAGGAACCAUUUCCUUGCAUUUUUUAGCUUCUCGUGGAUGCCUGCUGGUGCCCCUAUCCUCCAUUUCAAAGCACAUCAGUCCAGUCUCUGCUUCUAGCAUCACAUCACCCUCUCCUCUGACUGACUUACCUGUCUCCCUCUUAUAAGGACUCUUAUGAUUACCUUUCCAUCCGAAUACUCCAGGAUAAUCUCCCAUCUCAGGAUCCUUACCUUAAUCAUAGCUGCAAAAUCCCUUUUUCCAUAAAAGGUAACAAUCUUAGGUUCCAGGGGUUAGGAUGUGGGCUUAUUUAGGGGGCCCUUGUUCAGCCGACCACACCACCCCAUUCCACAUUUAACUCAUUCCUUCAUUUUAUUCAUUCAUAAAAUGUUGAUUGAGCGAGACUUUCAAGUACUAGGUAUGAUGGCAGGUGCUGAAGAAAUAUACGUGAAAAUACAGACAAGGUCGCUGCUUUCAUUGAGUUUAUGGGGUUUUUUUGUUUGUUUGUUUGUUUUUUGAAGAUUUUAUUGGGGAAUCGG